ACCAUGGCAACACCUACCUGCUGCCGUAGCUCAUUCUUAAUGCCAACUUGUGAAAAUUGUAGGCUAAUUACACCAAUUUGGGCAUAGGUAAGACUGAUUCUUCAUUCUCCACGACUCUGGGUUAAAUUUUCCGACUUUACACGUCUUUUUUUCCCCCAUUCAGAGUGAAACAGCGUCUGUUGUGUACUCCGACAGCCAUCUGCCAACUGAGGGAAGCUGUCAUAGCAUGACUGACACUGCAAUCAAGGUUUCCCUCAUUUUUCCAAAUGGGGAUAAGUACGAGGGCGAGUGUCGCAAGUCUGAAUCUGGAGAGCUGGUGAGAAGUGGCACAGGAAAACACACUUCAGCCAGCGGCAUCAUAUACACAGGAGAGUGGCAAGAGGACAAAAUGCUGGGCAAAGGGACCCUGCAGUUUCCCUCUGGGGCCGUGUAUGAAGGAGAGUUCAAAGACAACGCGUACAACGGCUCUGGGACGUACACAUUUCCGGACGGCUCUAUGUAUAAGGGCCAAUUUUAUAAUGACAGGUUGGAGGGAGAGGGUACCUUCACUGACACACAAGGCCUGAGGUGGACUGGAGACUUCCACGGUGAAGCAGCGCCUGGUCUCAAACUGCUGCACAACCUUUAGACAAAAAAAAAAAAAAGUCUGAAAAAUCGUUGUACCAAAACUAAACUGCAUUAGAAAAACAAUAACACUGAAAGUUGAUUAAACGUUCAAAUGUAAA